AUGGCAGGCACAAACCUCGGUCACGGUUCCAAUAAAAACAUUCGAUGUCAUCACUGUGCAGGACCUCUUUCUAAGAACAUGGAAACCAGUAACUGGACCGUUCCGCCACUUGUGCGGGACAGUUUUUCUAUGAUUGGUUCUGCCGUUGGUGGCACCACAAGUGCAUUUUAUGGAUUCAACCAUGUUAUGCCUGUUGUUCGGAGAUGCGUAAAAGGACCCAUGUGGGUGCAUUUUCUCAUUGGUACACCGCCUGUGAUAGUAUUCUCUUCAACCUGUGCAGGACUGGCAGGUGGGGCUGUUCCUGCUAUUGCACAACUUGUUUCCUCAUCUUACCAUGCUGCAUUAUCAUCUCCUCCUUCAGAGGAUGAUGAGAUUCAGAAGUCAAGAACUUCCUCUACCCUCUAA